AUGACGAGGCAGAAAUGUGCGGCUAUCUGCAAGGAUUGUCUCUACUUUGCUCUGGGACAUACUAAGGAGUGCUGGUGCGGUGAUGCAUUUCAUACCGCUACUGAACUUGUUAAUGAUGGUGCUUGCUCUGCGAAAUGUGGGGGCGAUAAGACGCAUGCUUGUGGAGGGGACGGGAUGCUACCUAUUUAUUCGAAGUAA